AUGUGUGGGAUUUGGGCCCUCUUUGGCAGUGAUGACUGCCUUUCUGUUCAGUGUCUGAGUGCUAUGAAGAUUGCACACAGGGGUCCAGAUGCAUUUCGCUUUGAGAAUGUCAAUGGAUACACCAACUGCUGCUUUGGAUUUCAUCGGUUGGCAGUGGUUGACCAGCUAUUUGGAAUGCAGCCAAUCCGAGUGAAGAAAUAUCCUUAUUUGUGGCUUUGUUACAACGGUGAAAUCUACAACCACAAGAAGAUGCAACACCAUUUUGAAUUUGAAUACCAGACCAAAGUGGAUGGUGAAAUAAUCCUUCAUCUUUACGACAAAGGAGGAAUUGAGCAAACAGUUUGCAUGUUGGAUGGGGUGUUUGCAUUUAUUUUGCUGGAUACUGCCAAUAAGAAAGUGUUCCUGGGCAGAGAUACUUAUGGAGUCAGGCCUUUGUUUAAAGCCAUGACGGAAGAUGGAUUUUUGGCUGUGUGUUCAGAAGCUAAAGGUCUUGUUAACUUGAAGCACUCCACAACUCCUUUUUUAAAAGUGGAGCCUUUUCUCCCAGGACACUAUGAAGUUUUGGAUUUAAAGCCGAAUGGCAAAGUUGCAUCAGUGGAAAUGGUCAAAUAUCAUCACUGUAGAGAUGAGCCCCUGCAUGCGCUCUAUGACAAUGUGGAGAAACUCUUCCCAGGUUUUGAGCUAGAAACUGUGAAGAACAACCUCCGGAUCCUUUUUGACAACGCCAUAAAGAAACGCUUAAUGACAGACAGAAGGAUUGGCUGCCUUUUAUCAGGGGGCUUAGAUUCCAGUUUGGUUGCUGCCACCCUGUUGAAGCAGCUAAAAGAGGCUCAAGUACAGUACCCUCUCCAGACAUUUGCGAUUGGCAUGGAAGACAGUACUGAUUUACUCGCUGCUAGAAAGGUGGCAAAUCACAUUGGAAGUGAACACCAUGAAGUCCUCUUUAAUUCUGAGGAAGGCAUUCAGGUCCUGGAUGAAGUCAUAUUUUCCUUGGAAACUUAUGAUAUUACAACAGUACGUGCUUCAGUAGGUAUGUACUUAGUCUCCAAGUAUAUUCGGAAGAACACAGAUAGUGUGGUGAUCUUCUCUGGAGAAGGUUCAGAUGAGCUUACGCAAGGUUACAUAUAUUUUCACAAGGCUCCUUCUCCUGAAAAAGCCGAGGAGGAGAGCGAGAGGCUUCUGAAGGAACUCUACUUGUUCGACGUUCUCCGGGCAGAUCGCACUACUGCUGCCCACGGCCUUGAAUUGCGCGUCCCUUUCCUGGAUCAUCGAUUUUCUUCCUAUUACUUGUCUCUGCCCCCAGAUAUGAGAACUCCCAAGAAUGGGAUAGAAAAACAUCUCCUGAGAGAGACAUUUGAGGACUCCAAUCUAAUACCUAAAGACAUUCUCUGGCGGCCAAAAGAAGCAUUCAGUGAUGGAAUAACUUCGGUUAAGAAUUCCUGGUUUAGGAUUUUACAGGAAUAUGUUGAACAUCAGGUUGAUGAUACAAUGAUGGCGACUGCAGCCCAAAAAUUUCCCUUCAAUACUCCUAAAACUAAGGAAGGCUAUUACUACCGUCAAAUCUUUGAACGCCACUACCCAGGCCGGGCAGACUGGCUGACCCAUUACUGGAUGCCCAAGUGGAUCAAUGCCACGGACCCUUCUGCCCGCACUCUGGCCCAUUACAAGUCAGCCGCCAAAGCCUAGGCACCAU